AUGAAAAGACGUAAAAAGUGGCAAGUGUUUCCGGGAAGAAACUCAUUCUGUUGCGACGGAAUCAUCAUAACAUCUCAACAACAGGGCAUUUUUUAUCUCACUUGCACUCUCAUCAUCGGCACCAACAUCCUGUUUUUUGUCUUUGAGUAUGUUCCCUCUGAGGUUAGUCUCCUAAUACCAAUCUGUGCUGGCAUCUUGUUUUUCUUCGUUCUGGCUACACUCCUUAGGACAAGUUUCAGUGAUCCGGGGAUCAUUCCUCGAGCCACCAAGUCUGAGGAACUCGAAAUUGAGAACCAGAUUGGUGGGUGUGUUUGUGGGUGGCCUCCACCACGGACCAAGGACAUCGUCAUUAGGGGACAGUCGGUGCGACUCAAGUACUGCUUCACCUGUAAGAUCUUCAGACCACCCAGAGCGUCGCACUGCAGCGUUUGUGAUAACUGCGUUGAAAGGUUUGAUCAUCAUUGUCCCUGGGUAGGCAAUUGCGUUGGCCUGAGAAAUUAUAGAUAUUUCUACAUGUUCCUGCUGUCCUUGUCGAUCCUCUGCAUAUUCAUCUUCGCAUUUUCCAUUGCUCAUCUCUUUUUACGUAAUUUUCUUCUAGAUGUAUGGUCGGUCGUUGGGCUGACUGGCUUCCACACUUACCUCGCUGGUGCCAAUCUCACCACCAAUGAAGACAUGAAAGGUACUUACUCGUCGAAACACGAAGACGUCACCAAUCCAUACAGUCAGCCGCACAUCCUGCAUAAUUAUAUGCAAAUCAUAUGCGGGCCUCUCCCGCCGAGCUUGAUUGACAGGAGGGGCCUCAUCCAGUCAGACUCAAGCAAUAAUUUUCCCAACUACAAUGGCAAGAGCACCCUCCUUGACGAUAAAAACGUCAUCAAUCACAUAUUUAAAAUCAAAACUACAACGAAAUGGCUGGCGCAUAGAUAA